UAAACAAAAGUAGACAAAACCAAUGCUUAUUAUUAACAAAAGUAGACAACCAUUUCAUUUCAUUUUCCUUUUUAUCUUCUCUUCUUGCUCCUCAUCCUUCAUAUUCUUCAACAAUUUAAUUGAUGGCUGUUCACUGCAAUUCUUUAGCUCAAAUUCCAAUUCAGAAAUAUGGUUCAUUUGUAAAAUAUUCAAACAAUUUGUUGAUGUCUAAACGAAGCUAUGCCCCACACAAAAAGUCAUCAAUUGGUCCAGUAGUUUUGAGAAUCACAGCCUCCAUCAAGAACAAGGUUUAUGAGGAUGAAUCUCAAGGCAUAAUUUGCUACCAAGAUGAGAGUGGAGAAAUAAUUUGUGAAGGAUAUGAUGAAGGGCCAUCUUAUAAACAAAUUUCAAGACCAACUCAUAACCCAAGUGUCAGGGAUGCUGAAAUCAUAAAUCUUCUAAAACAAAGUUGGUCUCAGAUUAUUGCUAGAGGUGAAGAAAUUGAUCAUGCAAUUGAAGAUGGUUGUUUACAAGAGGAUUUAAUUUGAAUCUCAAAGUAAAGGGUUGAAUAUGUUUAACUAAUAAUCAAUUUGGGCCUUUUGUUACACCCAUAGCUUUGAAGAAUGUAAUAGAACUAUGUAUUUUUUUUUUUUUUGACUAAUGUAAUAGUAUGUAUUAUAAUUGUGAAUAGUGAGUCAUAUAUCACAUGUGUAGUGGGUUAGUUCCUACAGCACAUUUUUUAUUUUACAUGCAAGUUGUACAAAUUAAUAAUAGCAAUGUUUUUCUCUAUUGCUUUUUUCCUCAA